GGCGGGCCCUCUCCGAGAAGGCGAGGCCGCGCCGGGCGGGCGGCCAUGGAUCGGGACUAGGGCCGGCGGGGCAGGCAGGAAUCCUAGGAGAUGCUUUAGUGAUGGGAUGGACUAGUUCAAAUGAUAGUUAUGCACUCUCCACAUUAAUUGCCACGUCCUCACCCUGACCAAAGAGAGAGCCUGGGCUGGGGGAGAAGGGAAGACGGUCGCCAUGAAGCUGAAACAGCGAGCUGUCCUACUGGUCAUCCUCCUUGUCAUCUUUAUCUUUACAAAAGUUUUCCUUAUUGACAACUUGGACACUUCAGCUGCUAACCGUGAGGACCAGCGGGCCUUUCACCGAAUGAUGGCCAGCCUGCAGGUGGAGCUGGAUCCUCGCCUGGAGCACACAUUGCAGUCUCCUUGGGAGAUUGCUGCUCAGUGGGUAGUUCCCCGGGAAGUGUACCCAGAAGAGACCCCUGAGCUGGGGGCCAUCAUGCAUGCUAUGGCCACCAAGAAGAUUGUUAAGGCUGAUGUGGGUUACAAGGGAACUCAGCUCAAAGCCUUAUUGAUACUCGAAGGGGGACAGAAAGUUGUCUUCAAACCUAAGCGGUAUAGCCGAGACUACGUGGUCGAAGGGGAGCCAUAUGCUGGUUAUGACAGGCACAAUGCAGAAGUUGCAGCCUUUCACUUGGACAGAAUCUUAGGUUUCCGCCGUGCCCCCUUAGUGGUUGGGAGAUUUGUGAAUCUUCGAACUGAGAUCAAGCCUGUUGCUACAGAGCAGUUACUGAGCACAUUCUUAAUUCUUGGUAACAACACUUGCUUUUACGGGAAGUGUUAUUAUUGCCGAGAAACAGAGCCCGCCUGUGCGGAUGGAGACCUAAUGGAGGGGUCUGUUACCCUGUGGCUUCCAGAUGUCUGGCCUCUGCAGAAGCACCGACACCCAUGGGGCAGGACUUACAGGGAGGGGAAGCUUGCCAGGUGGGAGUACGACGAUAGCUACUGUGACGCUGUGAAGAAGACGUCUCCCUAUGACUCCGGCCCCCGACUCCUGGAUAUUGUGGACACUGCUGUCUUUGAUUAUCUGAUCGGCAACGCUGACCGUCAUCACUAUGAGAGCUUUCAGGAUGAUGAGGGCGCUAGCAUGCUUAUUCUCUUGGAUAAUGCCAAAAGCUUUGGAAACCCUACGCUGGAUGAGAGAAGCAUCCUCGCCCCUCUCUACCAGUGUUGCAUAAUUCGGGUCUCCACCUGGAACAGGCUGAACUACCUAAAGAAUGGUGUGCUUAAGUCUGCCUUAAAAUCGGCUAUGGCUCAUGACCCCAUCUCCCCUGUGCUCUCUGACUCCCACCUGGACGCUAUGGACCAGCGGCUCCUGAGUAUCUUGGCCACCGUAAAGCAGUGCACCGAUCAGUUUGGGACAGAUACUGUCUUGGUGGAGGAUAGGAUGACUCUCUCCCACUUGUAAUUUUAGUGGGAAACAAUUGAAACUUCUUUUUACAAAUGAUAGAAAAACAGCACAAUUGAUUCCAAACGGAUGGAUGGGAAAAGACUGAAAACAACCAACAGAGCUCUCUGGUCAUAGGGAAUGGGGUGCCUUUGGGUAUCUGGUGUUUUUCCCUAUGAGAAGCUAAAGCACCAACUAAAAGCUGUAGACCGUUGAGAGGUCCCUGCACAGCCUCCCGACAUCCUUGGCACUGUUCUUUUUUUGUUUGUCCAUUUCUAGUAAUGGGCAUCACACUCGGAAAAGCUGGAUUUCCAGUUGCACAGGACUAAAGAAGCAUGGAAUUUGAGUGUGAAUACCAGAAUGGUUCUGGAGUGUGUGUGCGUGUGCGUGUUUCAGUUGAACCUUCCCGUCCUUCUUCCAUCCUUUGCCCUCUGUGCCCAAUCUUCCCUCCCAUUUAUCAUCGAAAGAGACUUUAAUCGUUUCAGGUGCAGUUUAAGCAGCUUCGUUCUUAUUGGAGAAGGUACUUGCCACCUCUUAAAGAGGUGGUAGUGGUGGUAAGUAAAACCAUCACUAAGCAAAAAUAGCACAUCCCUUCAGAGGGUUUAUCUCUGGAGGGUCUCACUCUGCCCUUUAAAAAAAGAAAAACAACAGCAGCAAACCCUAUGGAGUUGCACGGAAGGGCUGGAAUGAAUCUGCCCUCAAAGAAUCAAAGCAGGAAGUGUGCCCUUAUUUGUAGACAGGUUAGCUUCCUCUGUAUUCUUUAUUGCUGAGAGAAAGAUUCCGUCGAGUAUUGUAAGACAUGUAAAAGUGUCCAACACCACCCCCAGGAUAAAAUUGGUCUCUGAAGUAAACUUUCUUGGGCUUUCUAAUGUAUCCUGAGCAUAGACUUAACUUUGCUCCAAGCAGGCAAAUGCCUUCCUGGUGAGCCGGGCUGACUAAACAAAAACCCUGAAGAAAAAAGAGUGGGGUGGGCUGGGGCUCUCAUGUCGUGUUGUCUCUGCAUCUGAAAGAAAACAGCCAUGUUGUGUUGUAGGAGGGUGACUGCCAUUCAGGGGCGGCUUGGAUCAGAUGGCCUCAGAGGUCCCAUCUACCUUGGAAAGUCUGGGAUUUCUCCCCUUUCUCCUGGGCUCCUCUUUACCUCUGCCUUUAAGGCCCAGCACCAUGAAGGAUCCAGAGUCCCUCAGAGGAGAGCAUUCCAGGGGCUGCCUCUUUGGUGAGAAAAAAACCAGCUCUCUUCUCGAAACAGUAGUGGUCACUUUUCUGACAACGGGACUUUGCAGAUGAUUUGUGAUUGGGGGCCAUAGAAGAGAGUAGAAAGAAUUUGCCAUGGCUUUCUGAGCCUUUCAAUUGGAUUCAGUAUUGCUGCGUGCAGCUUUUAGGACUUGCUUGUUUCAUACUUCCAUCUGACCCCUUAUUCCCAUCUUAUGUCCCGAACCUACAUUGUAAUAUUCUGGCUGUGUUUCCAUAGCUCCAAACGUUGUGGCACUUAAGGUUGUUAUAACUAGGCCUGUGUUUGUAUUCUGAUAAAAAGGCUCUGGAUAUGUGAGGUAAGCAGGUCCAAUGGACUCUCAGCCCCCUAAAUAAGCUUGGUGCCAACUUGCCUGGGUGUGUGUGUAUGUCACUCGUGUUUCCUCUGCUUCUAGUCCUUAUUACUUUUCUAGGUUUAUACUUCCCUUGUUUAAAGACUACUAUUUAUAUGAUAUAACAGAACAUGUUUGAUCCCAGCCACUGGGAAUCAGGUUAAAACAGAGUCUUGAAACAGAUUUAGGAGAUUUAAGACCCAGUUUUCUGGAUUUGAGAUAUAAUAUUGAGUAUCCCUUUGGCAAUAUCAUGGACGUUGGGCAUUUUUAAAAUACCUUGUAUACAUCAUCUGAGACCAGGAUGAGAAUGAACUGUUAGGAAAAAAGGGUCUUGACACACAAGGAGAAGGAAAAUACUCACACAAAAUGCUAUCAUUGUGUCAAAGGGAGAAGAAUGCCUAUUCCAGUUUCAAGGUUGUUUACUGUGUGUAUCCAGGAAAGUUCUCACGUAGGCCAAGAGUCAUGUGGAUGGCACCUGUCCUAAAAUCUCUGGGAGAUAGCUGCAGAGAUAAAGUUGGAUCUCAAGACUAUUAGCCUUGCUCUCUGUGAUAAAUGCUACUUUCAUGCUAUACAGACACGAAUGAAUAAAAGAAGAUUCUAUGAUCACAUCCUUCCAGACAUACCUCUUGCCUUUAUGAGGUCAAACUGAAAAGAGAGGAAACUUCUGAAAACUUGGGAAUUUCAUUCUGGUGAUUGAAAGUAAAUUAUUCUGCUAAAGGAAGAAGAUAGAAAAUAGAAGUGGCUUGAUUAAAAUGGGCCUUUUUUUUUCUUUCCCCAAACAUCGAUUCACUUCCUUAUUACAACAAAUUCAUUGUUUCAUGUUCUAUUUCUUACCAAGCACAAAUUCAUGGACCUUGAGACUCAGAACCAGAAUAGUAGUUAAAACUAGAGCUCUGUUGCUAGAAUUAGGUUUUUCUACCGUUGGUGUCCUAUGUUAGGAUUGAAUGGAGUUGGGGGGGAGGGGCGGCGCGUUUAGAAGACUCUAAAUGAGAAUCAGCCAUAAGGCAGUGACUCCCAAUUUCGUGCACAAUAAAUUCACCUUGAAGAAUGAGAUCCCUGUUAACAGUCAUAAUGACAAUAAUAAUUAAAUGCUUCUGGGCUCUGGUCCACUUCUUUCAGAUUCUGAGCUGCUUGUGAUCGGCGUGUGUACAGUUCAGCCAUUGUGUGGUCAUUAGUGUCAGGGUUGCUGGCAGCAGCCCCAGUGUGCAUUUGAAAUAAAAAUCUAAAGCUAAAUGUAAGGUCCCCCACAAAAUAAGGUCUUAGAGUUAAGUGACUUUGUCCUGAUUCUUGCUGGUUGAAACCUCAAUUUUUAAGUUUAGGGAAGUGUUUUUAUUCUAAAUCUGCUUGUUAACAUGAGGUGUUGCUUACAUUGUGAGGAGAAAAAAAGUAAAUUAAGUUGCCAUACAAAGGAGAUUACUGGAUAGGAUUUUAUUUGCUCACAGAUCAUCUCCUCCCAGUGAGUCAUUCUCCCUCUCUGUUCACACUUGAAGCUAACAUGUUGCAUGUCAAGAAUUGAACAUUAAGGAGAGAGUGGAAGGACUGGUGACUGGGCUGUAAAUUCUCUGGAGGUCUUUGUAGGAAAAAUGAACCCUGCGCACGGAGUAGAUAAUGGAAUGAUUUCAGGGCGUUACCAGUCAGCAUGCUCGUCUCCCAUUGGAAUUUAUUUUUCUUUUCCAAUGCAGAGUACAUUCCCCUCCCUUUUUGCCCAUCUCCCAUAUACCACCACGCUUUUGUCCACUAGUGUUUUAGAAACACUAGUGAGUUAUAGUGUCCAAAUAAGAGAGCAUCUCUUGUGAUUUUAAGGUUUCAGGAAGUUGAUUAUGUUGGAAAUGGAGACUUGGAUUGGGAAUUCAGAGGAAUGAGGUACUGGGUGACCUUUGGGAAGUCGCCUUUACUUCUGUGGUAUGGGCAUAAGCUUCCUCGUAUGUUAGAUGAGAGGGUUGACUCAGGUCCCCAAAUUACAAUUUGAAGUUUCAGAGUACAGGCACAGGAAAAUCCUUGCAUGUCCCAGCCACAGUCAUAGCCAACAGAAAACACUUAACUUUGGCACAGUCCGUGUUCCUGGAGGAACUGACAUUGAAGUGGGUAAAAGAUCCUUUCCAAGUCCCUUUGAAUAAGAUCUAGGUGCCCAGGUCUCCAACUUUUGUCUCUGAGAGCCUGACAGAGAACAGGGGUUAGGAGGAAAGGAAGGAGGGCCUGCCAAUCAACUCUGCAAGAGACUGAAUGGAUUGUGUCAUCAUUCAUUCAAACGAAUAGGGGUGGGGUGGGGGAUAAUUUAUUGAGAAGGUAACUUAUUUACUAAUGGCAGCUUGAAAGGGAGGGCAAGAACUCUGCUUCAAGCUGCCUAGAAGCCCCAGCUGCACAGCUAAAGGUCAUUCUUGGUCUAAAAAAAGAGAGAGAUGCUUAAUAGAAAAGAAAACAAACGUCUCAAUUUUUACAUGUGUUCUGUUGGUUCAAGUUCUGAAUCAAGAAAUGUGAAGCAAAUAAAGAUUUUAAUAAAU